UUUUCAUACACCCAACCAAGUUUGACUAGCUCGUCGUUGAAUUGCUGCAGGAAUUUGCGAAGGUGCGGGGUUCCUUUAGACUUGAUUUUGCUAAAAUAAAAAAGUUUGGAAGUUACCCGACCCUUCAUCACAUCGCAGCCAUGUCGACAAGUCCUCACCGUCAUGAUCAUGUGGAUAUAUCUGAUGAUCGUUCUGCGCAUGAACAAUGUGAACAAAUGCUACGUGAGAGUGAAGAAUUGUGUUUCCUGAGGCAGCUCAAGCCAGCACAUGCAAAAGCGGUCGCGGCACUGAAGAUGGCGACCGAGGUUUAUGGUAAAAAUUCGCUGCGGCUGGUCCCCUUUUACCUCGUGCUGGUCGAAAUUUCACUUCGAGAGAGACAACUCAAGCCUGCAGAAGAAGUGCUCUCUUUAGUGAAUUGGCUACUGGUCAAAGAUCGCAAAGUUUGUGUCGACAACUCUGCUUCUGGAAUACUAACCGGAGCCAAAGCGUCCGUACCGGAACUACCAGAGGAGAUGAAGAAUCUCCUCGUAAUUCGUAUGAACAAACUCUACAGUCUGCUACAUCUUGAAUACGGCACUUUCUCUGAAGGACUUCAACGCGCAGCUCAUGGCGCCUACCACUGCUCCCUACUCUUUGGACCUGACCAUCUCUACACGUCAGAGCUUUACUUCUGUCUCGGUUUAAUCUUCCACCGCAUGCAACGUGCUGCUCUAAGACAACAGCAAACUCAGCUUCAAGAAGAGUCUCAACAGCAGCAACGUGAAAUGCAGCAGCGCAACCAGCAAAACGAUAGCGCACUCGCCAUGCUGGACAAGGUGGUGGAUAUCUGGUACCGAUUCCUGACGAAUCCACCUGAAGACACGGCUGCGUGGAUGUUGGAACAUCGACGUCUGCGUAUUCAAGAAGCUAGCUCUAUGCUCCAACAGAUCGUCAGUAUCCGCCAGAAUCUGCUGGGUGCGAAACACGUAGCUACCGGGGAAGUACAGUACACAUUGGGCUUGUUGUACCUCUUUCUGGGAGACCACAUACAGGCGAAGGCUUUCGUGAAACAGGCGCUGGACAUCUAUGUCGAUGCACUGGGUCCUGAGCAUCCAUCCACAGUGGACGUAAUUGGAGUACUGCAUCAGCUGGAUGAAGCUGGUGUUUAAGUGCUCUGAUCUCAGGAUUUCUCGUUCGCUUCAGCUGCCUUGAUGGCCUCGGCUUCCUUGUGUUUACGGUACGUAAUAGUGCACACUCGACGUUCACUUGGCACCAUGAGCUCGAAGGGAUCAGGACUCUCGAAGUAAAGAUCACCAUACUUUUUCUAAAAUAAAAUAAACAAUGCCAUACCACGAAUCA